CCCUCCCAGCCCUCCCGCCCCAUAUAAGCACAGCUCCUCGACGCUAUUCCAGCCAGCAGCACGCAACGCAGAAGUACAGGUGGUGCUCAGAGGAUUCAAUGAGUUGCUGGAUGCCUCGGUGCCCAGCUCUCAGCAUGUGCCGACGAUUGGCUGCGCUUCCUAUCGUUUGCCUGGAGAGAGCCAAGGAACUCAAGACCCGCUUGGGGAUCCUGCUGCAUAAAUCGGAGCUGAGACACGGCAGCAGGGAAGCAGGCAAGCUGCAGCUGGGCUCCAGGCAGAGAGACUCCUCACGAGAGGUGCUUGAGUGGAGGGAAUCCUUUGACCAGCUCCUCAAGAGUAAAAAUGGGGUGACUGCCUUCCACACCUUCCUGAAGACCGAGUUUAGCGAGGAGAACCUGGACUUCUGGCUGGCCUGCGAGGACUUCAAGAAGACCCGCUCCAAAACCAAGCUGGCCUCCAAAGCCAACAGGAUCUUUGAGGAGUUUGUCCAAAGCGAGGCACCCAGAGAGGUCAACAUUGACCACGAAACCAGGGAGAUCACCAGGAAGAACCUCACGGGAGCCACCUCCGCUUGCUUCAACGAGGCGCAGGCCAAGACCCGCACCCUGAUGGAGAAGGACUCCUACCCCCGCUUCCUGAAAUCAGCCUCCUACCAGGACAUGACCAAGCAGGCCGCCAGCCGCAGCAUCAACAAGCGCUUGCACACCUGACCCGUGCCCAGCACCAAACCCGCUCUGGGCGGGCGCCUAGGGCCUGGUGGUGGAGUUUUGGCCGAAAUUCCAGCCUUCCAGCAGGACGCCCAAGAUCUUCAGUGCUCCCACUGAGGCUGCCUUAUGGAGAGGCCUUCCCACCCCACUGCCGGUGGUCCCGUUGCUGGGCUGCACAGGGUUGAAGCCACCCAUGUUUCAGCAAGAAGAGCGGUGGGCCCGGGAGCAGCGCAGUGACUUUUCUAUCCUUUCCUUAAGCUUUGUGGCCUGCAGGUUGCACCCGAACUUAGGUCACAGGCAUUUUUAUUAUUGUUAUUAUUUAUUUUGUGGCUAUUGUUAUGAUGUGUAUUUAUGAGAAGAGCACUGCUCAAAGCAUGCGCACGUCCCUUGCUCGGAGGAGCUUGUAAAUUAAUUUAUUUUAGGUAUUGCAGCACUUAGCAUGCCUCCCACGGCUUCUGUAUAAUAACUGCAAGAGAGAAAAAUAGCUUUGUAAUGCAUCCGUGGAGCAAGGUACGCAAAUAGCAGCAGGGAGAGCUGCACCGAACUGGGUCUGAGGUUUCCUGGGAGCAUGGAGGACCAUUGAUGGCCAUAAAAGGAUGCUUUGCAGUUCGUGACAUUUCCCUUUUUUUGCCCUUAAAUAGAGCUCUGUGGCCGGCACCUCGGCACGUGGGCUAGCAGCUUGUUCUAGGCAGAGAAUAGCAGUGCAGAAGGCACUUUGAGUGUUGAAAACUUAUUUUUAAAUCACUUAGGAGGUAAAAGCUGUGUUUACAGUUUGGUUUACAGUUGGGUCUGGUGUUGCCCUGUCCGGUUUGCAGCUGAGGAACCCCAAGGACCAGUUUAAGGAUGUUUUUCUGGGUCCUCUUCCCGCUUCUACCUCUGAGUCUGGUGGGUCCCAGCUGCAUUCACGGGGCUAUUUGAGCUGUUUUGUUAUUUAUUAUUUGCUUUUACAACUGGAACCACCUUCGUUGUGUUACUGAAGUGAAUGGCAUACAGAGGUCCAUUUUUGCUACGAACAUGACGUCAUGGUUACAAAAUAAAAUACAAAGAGGGCAAUGCUGUGACACCAUUACUGGUUGUGGGCUUUCCAUUGAUUUUCUCUUUCAGCCUUUGGGGGGCCGUUGCAAAGCAGACAUGUAGGGAAAGCUGCUUACAGUUUGUGGCUUGAGGCUCCUUUGAAACGUGUGACCUGAGAAACACAGCAAGGGAAGGGGAAAACUGUGAAGAGUAAAACUUCCUCAUGGUACCAGGAAGGGUGUUGGAAACCACCCAACUCCUGCUGAGAACAUAUUGCCUUCCAAGGUCCAGGAUGCUUCAUCCAAGUGCUGCCCCAAAUAACAACCAAACCAAGCAUGCCUUUAAACUUCCAACUUUCUAUUUAUUGGAAGGCAAAAUGAGCUGUACUGAGGAGAGCAUGAGUGCUGUGUGAGGAAGAGUUGUGUUACAGAUGGCGGUCACUCAGAUCCCAAGGCAAUGCUGUUAACACAACUUGGUCACAACCACUGAAGUGAUGUUUGCAAGCAACAGCCUCCAUAACAAACGCUCCUGUCUCUUCUGGCAUGGCCACACAUUCCAAAGAUCACAUCAGCUCUUCUUCUACAAUUGUCAUGCACCUAAAUGGAGAAGAGAGAGGAAGCUGCCCACCUUAUCUUUUGUUCAAGGAAUGAGGUGAAAGAUAGCCAGUGUUUAAAUUACCCAGAAAUAAAGACUCAGUGAGAGCAACAAAUGGCACUGAGGCAAAUAGAAACAAAAUCACAUCCAUUUGAUUUG